CUCCGCUGCCAUCGGUAGGUCUUGCGCUGUGCGACAGGCGGUAGGCAACAGCAGCAGCACACCAUCAUUAAUAGCAACGACUCUAUCUACCACUGUCAGCAACAACAGCAGCAGCAGAAUUUCUGGCAUUAGAGUGCCAGGCACUCAGCCAAUACGCUCAGAUUUCAUUCGAUCCUCGUUGUGGCAGCACGUUGGCAAUUUUACGUCGCGUGGUGAAAAGUGUGAAUUAAAUUUUUUUCUCACAACUUCUACAAAAUUGUUUUAGCACCAAGUCGAAUUAAAGAAAUUCGUUGGUGGCCCUAGCGUCAUGUGCACUUAAUUUUUUAAUAGUACGCAUGCACGCAUUGUAUAACACAACAAUGAUUUAAUACGUACAUAAUAUAAAAGUAUAUAAAGUAAGAAAACAAAAUAUAGAGUUCCUUGAAAUCCAUACGAGGAUCAACAACACAACUGCUGCGAGCAAUAAACGACAUUCAUUGGAAUUUUCGUGUGCGACAACGACGCUAUUCACUUGACGUGAGCGAAGUGUAUGUAUGUGAAAGAGGCAAAAACAAAAAAAAAAGUAAAUGAAGAAAAUAUAUAACAAGUGUAAGAAACGAAAUUUAAUGCGAACCAAAUAAAAACGUAACAAAAGUAGCGAAAAGCGCGAUUAAAACAAAGUGAAUAUGUAAAUAAAUAAAUGACAGCGAAAAACAACUGCUGAAGAUGGCCACACAAAUCGCCGUCGAAGAUUUGUAGUUGAGCGAGUAAUUGAGUUGUAUAUUUUUAUACGCAUAUACUUAUGCAUAUAGAUUACAUAUAUGUAUAUUGUACAUAUAUAUUUGCAUGAAAACAGAAAUUAAUGAAUGAAAACAAACGCGUACGUGCCGAUAAAUUUGUCAAUCGAGUUUGGAAAAUCCAAAUAUAUAAAAUAUAUUGCUAAAACGCUAGCGUAGCUUUUGAAUAGCGUCAGGCUAAGUAAAAUGCAAAAAACAACCAAUUUGAAUAAAUUAUUAUGCACAGUUUAUUAAUGAAAUACCAUAAAUAUAUGUUAUACAAUAUAUAGGUAUAACAGAAAUAAAUACAAUUAAAGUUGCGCCCACAAGGUUCAUUAAACGUCACAUUUUCACCGACUAACCUUUUCGAUUUCCAUUUGCAACGCGCUCGUACAGCAGCACGUCAACUGCAAGCACAGCGCAUUCUCUGCCGCACAGUGCAGCAACUGCAGCAUAAGGGUGCAUGCGCAGCAAAUUUAAAGUGUGGCGCAUUUGUGUUGGUGAAGUUGCAAAGCAAAAGCAAAAGUAAGAACCAAAAAAAUUAAAAAUCAAUAAAUCCCCAAACAACAUUGCGCACAGGCGACUGUGGUGAGGUGUUUGUAUAAAGAAAAAGAAACAAAACCGCCUUACAAUGGUUGUGCCCACUAUGGAUGGGCUGCCACGAGUGCCGGACACACAUGGCGAUGUCGUCGAUGAGAAAUUAUUUUCAGAUUUAUAUGUACGCACCAGUUGGGUGGAUGCGCACGUUGCACUCGAUCAAAUUGAUAAGGGCAAAGCGCGAGGGAACCGCACCGCUAUCUACCUACGCUCAGUAUUUCAAUCACAUCUCGAAUCACUUGGUAGUUCGGUACAAAAGCAUGCGGGUAAAAUGCUCUUUGUAGCCAUACUAGUGUUAAGCACAUUUUGUGUGGGCCUAAAGAGUGCACAAAUCCAUUCAAAAGUACAUCAAUUGUGGAUACAGGAAGGUGGUCGUUUAGAAUCUGAACUCGCCUAUACACAAAAAACGAUCGGUGAAGAUGAGUUCUCAACGCAUCAGCUGAUCAUACAGACGGCGCAAGAUGCGAAUGCGUCGGUGCUGCAUCCGCAAGCAUUGUUGGCGCAUUUGGAAGUGUUAAAGAAGGCGACGGCGGUGAAGGUGCAUAUGUUCGAUACGGAAUGGGGUUUACGUGAUAUGUGCAAUUCACCGACAACGCCCAGCUUUGAGGGACACUACUACAUCGAACAGAUAUUUAAGCAUUUAAUACCGUGUUCGAUAAUAACACCGCUGGAUUGCUUCUGGGAGGGUAGUCAGCUAUUGGGACCGGAAUUUCCAGUACAAAUACCUGGCAUCGAUAAGCGCAUCAUGUGGAGCACAAUGAAUCCGUCGAGUCUCGUACAAACGAUGAAACAACAAAUGAGUGAUCAGAAAAUACCCUUCGAUUUUGAUAUGGUGGAGCAGUAUAUGAAGCGUGCCGGCAUUAUGGCUGGUUAUACGGAGAAACCGUGUUUGGAUCCCAAGAGUGCUGAAUGUCCGGAAACUGCACCGAAUAAGGAUAGUCAGCAACCACCCGAUGUUGGUGCCAUACUCACCGGCGGCUGUUAUGGCUAUGCCACCAAGUAUAUGCAUUGGCCGGAGGAGCUUAUUGUCGGCGGUGUACAACGUAAUCGCUCCAGUCAUUUGCGUAAGGCGAAAGGUCUGCAAACGGUGGUGCAACUAAUGACCGAGAAAGAAAUGUUUGAUUUGUGGAAUGAGAAUUAUAAAGUACAUCAUAUCGGUUGGACACAGGAGAAAGCGGCAGAAGUAUUAAAUGCGUGGCAGCGUAAUUUUUCCAAAGAAGUUGAGACGCUUUUGAAGAGCAAUCGUCGCAUAUCGAAUAAAUAUGAUAUUUAUGUCUUCUCAUCGGCCACCUUGGAUGAUAUACUGGCCAAGUAUUCAAAUCCCAGUCCGACUAGCAUUGUAAUUGGCGUAAUUGCAACGGUAUUAUAUGCUUUUUGUACGCUUAUACGCUGGAAGGAUCCGGUUAAGGGACAGAGCAGUGUUGGUGUAGCUGGCGUAUUGCUGAUCGGUUUCUCUACAGCUGCUGGUUUGGGUCUUUGCGCGCUACUCGGCAUCGUUUUCAAUGCCGCGAGCACGCAAGUCGUACCCUUUCUUGCGCUCGGCCUUGGCGUAGAUCACAUUUUCAUGCUUACCGCUGCUUAUGCGGAGAGUAAUCGUAAAGAGCAGACGAAAUAUAUAUUGAAGAAAGUCGGACCGAGCAUACUCUUCAGCGCUAGCGUCACAUCGGGUUCAUUCUUUGCAGCCGUUUUUAUACCAGUGCCCGCCUUGAAAGUAUUCUGCUUACAGGCAGCAAUUGUUAUGUGCUUCAAUUUAGCUGCUGCGCUGCUAGUUUUCCCCGCUAUGAUUUCUUUGGAUUUGCGUCGACGUACUGCCGGCCGUGCGGAUAUAUUCUGCUGUUGCUUCCCAGUGUGGAAAGAGAAACCUGUAGCGACAGCUGUGUGUAACACGCGUUACAACAACAGUAGCCGUCGUAAUGCUUACACUGUGAAGAACUGCAACAAUCGUACCGGCUCUAUGUCGGCACAACAGCCGCAACUGAAGUAUCAAGAGGAGGCACUACUUUCCUGCGCCGAGAAACGCAUGCCAUCAUUUUCGUUGUCGAAUUUCGCCUACAAGUAUUACACACCAUUCUUGAUGAAAAGCUGGGUAAAGUUCUUAACAAUUACCACAUUUGUUGGCACGCUAGUCUUCAGUUUAUACGCCUCGACGCGUCUACAAGAUGGACUCGAUCUGAUCGAUCUGGUGCCAAAAGACACAAAUGAGUUUAAAUUUCUUAAUGCACAAGCAUCGAUGUUCGGUUUCUAUAGCAUGUAUGCGGUGACACAAGGAAAUUUUGAAUAUCCCACCAAUCAACGUUUGCUGCAUGAGUAUCAUGAGGCUUUUGUGCGUGUACCACACGUUAUUAAAAAUGAUAAUGGCGGUCUGCCAGACUUUUGGCUCUCACUAUUCCGUGAUUGGUUAAUCAAUCUACAACGCAUAUUUGAUCGUGAGUUUAGUGAGGGACGUCUAACACGCGAAGGCUGGUUAUCCAAUGCAACAAGCGAUGCAAUAUUGGCAUACAAAUUACUCGUGCAAACCGGAUAUGUUGAUAAUCCCGUAGAUAAAACUGGCGUCACACAAAAUCGUUUAGUCGACAGUGACGGCAUAAUCAAUCCAAAAGCAUUUUACAACUAUCUGUCAGCAUGGGCUUCAAAUGAUGUAUUCGCUUAUGGCGCAUCACAAGGUAAAUUACAUCCAGAACCACGUCAUUUUUACCACACGGCCGGUGAAUACGAUCUCAAAAUACCGAAGAGCCUACCAUUGGUAUAUGCGCAGUUGCCUUUCUAUUUGCAUGGACUGAACUGCACAUCGGAAAUUAAGACGCUAAUUGGACAUAUACGCGAUUUGAGUGUGAAAUUUGAGGCGCGCGGUCUACCAAACUAUCCAUCAGGCAUACCAUUCAUAUUCUGGGAACAAUACAUGACACUGCGCUGGUCACUUGCACUGAUAUUAUGCAUUUCGCUUUUCGCUGCUUUCAUAUUAAUCUCAAUAUUGCUGCUUUCCGUUUGGGCUGCCGUUUUGGUAGUCUUCAGCGUCGUCGCUUCGUUGAUACAAAUAUUCGGCGCUAUGACAAUACUAGGCAUAAAACUGUCGGCCAUCCCCGCAGUGAUAUUGAUAUUAAGUGUCGGCAUGAUUGUCUGCCUUACAGUGCACAUUUCACUGGGCUUUAUCACUUCCGUGGGUAAUCGCGAGCGCCGCAUACAUCUCUCCAUGCAAAUGUCGCUCGGUCCACUUAUACACGGCCUACUUACUUCCGCUGUAGCCGUAUUUAUGCUCUCUACCUCACCCUUCGAAUUCGUCAUACGUCAUUUCUUUUGGUUACUGCUUGUUGUGCUUUGCGUCGGCGCUUGUAAUGGCCUAGUACUCUUUCCUAUUAUCAUAAGCAUGUGUGGCCCUGAGGCUGAGCUGGUGCCACUCGAACAUCCAGAUCGCAUUUCAACACCAUCCCCUGUAAUGUCGCGUUGUAAACGUGCCAAUAAAACGGUGGUGGUGCAUGGCGGUCGUUCGUCACGUUCCUGCAGCAAGAGUAUGCAUUAUCACAAGGAUAUCAACAUAAAUGAUCCCUCACUAACGACCAUCACCGAAGAGCCACCCUCUUGGAAAUCCUCCUCAUCAUCCAUACAAAUGAAUAACGAAUGGAAUGGCGCAAAUAUGAAUAUGAAUAACGCGCAUUAUUCCACAAAUAGCGCGCCACAACAAAUGAACAAUUACAACAUGAGUAAUUACUAUAUGCAUCGGCAGCAACCGAAUUAUAUGCAGCAACAUCAUCAUCAUCAGCCGCCACCAACACAACAACAGUGCACACAACAAAGCAUUUAUGGUGCGCCCACAUUUCACAAAUCAACACAUACAGCACAGCAGCAACAACAACAGCAACACGCGCAUCAUCAAACACAACAGCAACAGCAGCAACAACAUCCAGGCGCUGCACCGCCGCCCCCACCACCAACAACGUCAGCACACAGCACGCAUACGCUUGGUGGGCCACACGAAACGGGUAACUUUCCCGAGUUGCAGAGUAUCGUGGUGCAACCGGAAGUUACUGUGGAAACGCACCACUCGGACACGAACACAACAAAAGUAACAGCGACGGCAAACAUUAAAGUGGAAUUGGUGACGCCGGGUCGCGCGGUACGUAGCUACAAUUUCAGCAGCUAGCGGUCGCGUUUAGCUGAAGGUACGCAAUAGGCGCUUUAGUGUAACGGGUGUAUGUAUUUAUUUGCUUAGUUAAGUAGUAGUUGUAAAACUAUAGCGGUGCUACGUUUUCUUAUUUCGCACAAAUGUCGCACGCAGUAAUGCAAUUAAAUAGCAUUGGUAGUCUAAUUAACAACCAUUAAUUGCGUUGUUAAAAUGCAUUUUCAAAAUAAAUUCGGAAAUGUCAAAGCGCAAUGAGCUUUGAAGUAGUUGUGUAGUGCUGCCAGCUAUCAGCUUGAAUUAUGAAUUUAAAAAAAUCUGCAAAUGCUUAGUUUGGCUUGUUACAAUAUUUUUAUUGCAAUAUAAAUAAUGCACAAAUAGUAUUAUUUUAAAAAAAUUUGAAUUAAAAAUUUUUUUUUUUUUUUAAUUCUGUAUUAGUAUUAACGAAAAGUAUAUAUUUUUUUAUAUAUAGCAUAUUUUUUUUAUUAAUAUUAUUCAUAAUUAAUUGAAAAAAUUUAUUUUAACGCCGACUUUUUACCAAAUAUUCUUGCAAAAUUUUAUAUAGCGGCCAAUUAUAAACGCAGCUUUACACUUUUACUUUAUUUCAUUGUUUUUUAAUUAUUUCUCGCAACACUUAAGACUACCAAUGCAUAAUUAAACCACAAAAUUAGCACUUCCCAGUAAAGAGUUGAUUAUAAAAAUAUUAAAAAUACAUUUUUUAAUUUAAAAAUGUGCAGCAACGCCGUAAAUAUGUGUGUUAAAUUGUAAUUAUAUCGCGAUUUUAUGAGUAUUAUAAGCAUUUUGUUAACUAUUUAGCUCAUAGAUAAUUGUGUGUGUGUAUAUAGUGUUACAUUGUAAACCAAAUAGUAUGACAUACAUUUUAAAUUAAUACAAAUUCAAGGCAACUGACAAAACUUAACAUAGUGAAACAUAAUAUAAAAAAUUAUUUUUUAAUGAAAAACGAAGUAAUGCAAACAGAAAAUACUCAUAAUUUCUUAAAAUAUAUAAAUAACCUCAUGCAUUUAUGUGUUGGGUAUAAAAAUUUAAAUUUAAUAAAAAUUAAGCUAGUACAAUUUUCUAACGACUUAAAGCUGCAUUAAUAUACAAAAAUGCACAUAACUAUUAAAGAAAAUGUUUGUAAAUACAAAGUAUACAAGUCAAAAAUAAUUUAAACAAAAAACCAUAAAAAAGCUAUUGCAUUUGCCACACAAAUGAAGGUCUAGAAAAUAACGCUAAAAUUACUUAAUAAACGCAUAGUAUUCAAGCAUGAAUUAUGUUAAAGAAAAAUCGCUAAUUGCAGUAUUGCAGCGCAAAGUAAUUAAAAUGUAAACUAUUGUUACUAAAAAGAGUUAAAAAUUUUAAAUUAAAAAAAAAACAUUUAUUUAUUACAAAAGUAAAUUUAAUUUAUAACGUUUUUAGUUUAUGAAAAAAUAUACCUAUGUAAAUGUAUCGAAAUUUUUAAAAAUUAUACAUUAAUUUAAAAAUACUUUCUAGUUCGAGCAUAAAUUAUUAAUUUUUAUUCAUAAAAAAUAUGUGUAACUAAAAAUACACAUAACGGCAUUGCACUUAAGCUGAACUAAAAUUUACUUAAACAAAAUUCCUACGUAGAAAUUUCAAAUAUUACUAAUUCUAAUAUAUUAUAUAUUAUAAUGUUAUAAAAAAGGCAUUUUUGACUUUCUCUCACAUACAAAGUUUAUCGCUAUCUGUUUUUUGCAAGAAAUUUUAGUGAUCUACUUACGUACACAAGAUUGACUGCGUCGUUUUGUACGACGUUUAGUAGUUAAUAUUUUGUAAAUGUUGUUUUUAUUUUUUUAAUUUUAUUUUUGCACUUGAAAUUCAUUGCCAAGUGCAUAGUUAAUGGUUGUUUACUAUUAUUAAUAAUAUUAUUAUUAUUUCAUAAUUUAAUUAUAUUAAUUAUAAGCAACCCUGUAUGUAUACCCAUUCAAGUGCGAAACGAUAUUUAAUAAAUUCGAUUAGGUAUUUUUUCUAAGUGUAGCACUAAAACAACAACAUUGUAUUACGUGUGUUCGAAAGAAAAGAAAAUAUUAUUAAAAACUUUUUAAAACA